UCAAGAUGGCGACUUUACUUGCGAUUCCCCUAAAAACUACCAACGAAGUUGACCUCAUAAAACCACUUCAGAAGUUUAUAACGAACACUUUUGAGCAACUAAAAGCAGAGGAUGUUAGUCAAGCUUUAAAUGACUUCAACAGACAGCGCAAUCAUGUCAUCAGUAAGAUGGUGGACCGCCAUGAAUCGGCGUUGGAAGUUCUGUUCAAGUACUAUGAUCAGCUCUGUGCCAUCGAGUCUAAGUUGCCUAUUGCUGAGAACCAGAUUCGGGUCGAGUUCAAAUGGACAGAUGCGUUUGCAACUAAAGGAGUGUUUGGAGGCAGAAAAUCGCUAUCCAUGUCAUCUGGAGCGUAUGAGAAAGUCUGCGUGUUGUAUCAAAUAGCUGCUGUCCAGAGUCAGAUUGCUGAAGCACAGAAUCACGACACCGAUGAUGGGCUCAAAACAUCAGCAAAAUAUUAUCAGCAAUCGAGUGGCAUAUUUGAACAUUUGAAAGACUGCGUUGCAUCCAUUGUUCCCCAUCCAACGAUGGACCUAAACAGGGAUACGAUCAGUGCCCUGAGUGCGCUGAUGCUUGCCCAGGCCCAAGAUUGUUUCUUUAGGAAAGCGAGAAAGGAUCACAUGAAGGAUGCCAUCAUUGCAAAGGUGGCACAUCAGGUCAGCCACCUCUACCAGACGGCGUUCCAGUUGUUGAGUAUGACCUCAAUCAGUCAGAUCUGGCCAAAGGACUGGCUGGCUCACGUGCAGGGACGUGUUUAUGCUUUUCACGCUUUGGCCGAAUAUCAUCAAAGUGUAGUAGCUGGUGCGGGUGCGUCGUAUGGAGAGCAAAUUGCUAGAUUGAAGCAAGCCAAUGAUUUGAUGAACACUGCAAAAUCCAAAGCUGGCCAGACAUUCAAAUUCACCAACGAGGAUCAGGCCAUGAAAGCAGCGCUGGUCGCAGCAGAGAAAGAUAACAACUACAUAUACCAUGAUAAGAUACCGGCAUUUAAGACAUUGACACCUGUCGGGAAGGCUGUGAUUGCGAAAUCUUUACCGUUGUCUACACCGAUGAGUAGCGACUUCAGAGAUCAUUUUGAGAAGAUUGUCCCCCUGGCCGUUCAUCAAGCAUCCACUAUAUUUGAGAAUAGGAGAGGAGAACUGGUUAACUUUGAGAUUGGCAGACUCCGAGAAGCUACGCAACUUAUGAACAGUGUGAAUGCCUCAAUGAAUCUACCUGCGGCCAUUGAGGAUCUUUCAGGAACUCAAGUGCCAGCGUCAGUCCUUGAGAAGUCGGUCAAAAUCAAGGAAUUAGGAGGCGUUCAGACGAUAGAAACACUUAUGCAGGAGUUGCCUGAACUGCUGGGGAGGAAUCGGGAAAUCCUGGAUGAGUGCAUACGCCUGUUAGAUGAUGAACAAAGCUCCGAUGAUGAGCUCCGUGCCAAGUUCAAAGAUCAGUGGACGCGAGCGAAAUCUAUCGAUUUAACUCGACCAAUCAGAGAUGAGGGUCAGAAGUACCGGUCGAUCCUUGAUGCGGCCGUACAAGCUGAUCACAUCGUGAAAGAUAAAUUUGGAAAAACGAGAAAUGGAAUUGUAAUUCUCGGCAAGAAUCCUCGUGACCUAGAAGCCAGUAUUCCUUCAGCUAGCCCUGUUGCUGCCUUAAAAGAUUCACCAGUUGUUCAGACACUGCGCAAACUCAUGGACAGUGUGGAUGCACUGAAAGCCGAGAGAGACGCCAUCGAACACGAACUCAAGGAUAAGACAUUUGAUAUGGCUGGAAAAUUCAUGUCCGCUCUGUCAGCAGAUGGUGUCGUUGACCAAGAGGUGAUCAGCGAGCAGGAGCUGGAUCGUGUUUAUAGUCCAUUACGCGCACAAGUUCAAGAUAGUGUCCACCGCCAGGAGGCGUUGCUAGCCCAGAUCCAGCAGGCCAACAACGAUUUCUGUCAGGCGAAACAGUCGAGUGGGGGCGCCACUAACAGGGAAACGAUCUUAAAGGAUUUGGCGGAAUCUUAUGAUGCUUAUUGUGAACUCAAGGGUAACUUGGAGGAGGGGACUAAGUUCUACAAUGACCUAACUCAACUUCUGCUCCGAUACCAAAACAAGAUCAAAGAUUUCUGCUUUGCUCGUAAGACGGAGAAAGACGACCUGAUGAAAGAUGUGCAGAGCGCUAUUGCCAAUCGGCCCACAGACCCUCCACCUACGCAGCCAUCUUAUCAACAGCCUCCAGCUAAGGCAAUGCCCCCUGCCCGACCACCGCCACCUAAAACCCAGGCAAACGCCCCACAGGCACCAUCACAGGCCCCACCUCAAAAUAGUCAGGCGCCACAAGGAUAUGGCGCAAGGCCAAGUGCACCAGAAGGUUACGGAGCUGCAACAGCACCACCUGGAGGGCCAUCGUCGCAACCAACACAGUCACAGCAGCCCUAUGCGGCCUACCCAGGUGCUCCAGCAUACCAGCCCUACCCCUACCCUACAUACACGCCCCCUGCAAUGCCAUCUGGAUAUGCCCCCUACGGACAAUACGGUCAGCAAACGCCUCAGCCUGGCUAUGGAGCCCCACCAGGUUAUGGUGGAUACCAACAGCAGCCUCCCCAGCAGAAUUACGGUCAGCAGCCGCCUUAUCAGCAGCAGCCGUACCAACAGCAUCCGUCAGCUCCAUAUCAACAACAGUGGAGGUAAAUGGUCGCUUAGCAACAGGCGGCUACUUCAAAAUAGUUGCUAUGGAAACCAGAUCAGAAAUCUUAGCAAACUUUCUCUAACAUUUGACCCUAUGGCUUUGUUGUCAUAGUAACUUGCAGGAUUGCUUAGCAGCAGUUGUCAUAGCAACUUAUAAUUAAGCUCUGGUUGUCAUGACAAUAGUAUAGCUGUGCCUAGCAGAAAAGAACAUUCUAAAUGGAAAAAAGGUCCUGGCGUUAUGUCACUUUAUGAGCCUGAUUAAUUUUAUGCUUACUGUUGAGGCAAUUGAGAAAAUUCUCUUCUUGGCUUUAGUGUGCAGAAUUACUGUAAGCUUUGCACAUUGUUGGUCAUAAACAAAUAUUGUAAAUGUUAUGGUGCACAUAUGGUAGAACAUUUAAAUUGUUUCUUUCUGUGUUAAAAGUCAUCAUUCUGUGAUCAUGAUUAUACUUUUUCUAGGAAAAGAAAUUUGCUGUGUGAACCCUUUAUCUUUGAGGUAGUACUAUAGUUAUUUGUUACAAAACAGACCCAUUGGCUGUCUCUGUCUCUUCGACUGGAGAGAGAAUAAUGUAAUAAAUUGUGUUCAAAAUGAUAGAUAAUCAGAAAAACAGGAAAUAUACACUUAGUUGCUACUUGCAAAGAAAUUUUGGUGAAAUUCCUCAGUGUCUAUUUGUUGGGAGCUUUUUAUUCGAUGUGCUGAUGUCUUAUAGUUAUGUGCUAUAUUAACUUUUAUUCCGCCUUAUAGGCUCUACCAGUCGCUUUCCUUUCUGGGCUUAGGACAUAUCGUUUUAUGUAACCACCUGUUUCGUUUUUCAAGAAGGGGAUUUGUGAUUACAAAGCUGUCUGAGUGAUUUUGAGGAAGGAGUGUACGGUAUAUUAUUUAUUUCAUGUACAUGUAUAUCAUUCUCAUUUUGCCAAGCAACGAAUCUAAUAUCCUGGAAAUUGAUAUAUCAGUAGAUUUGAAGGUCAAAGAAGUCUUGCCCAAGUUUUGGAGUGCGCGCCAGCAUUUACUUACUACUGCUUAGCGGUGCUCAGACGAGUAAUUCAUGAUGGCCUUCACACUGGUGGGUCUUGCACAUGAUUUUCACACAGCUCAUAAUUGUAGCUAUCCACCCUCAAUUGAUGUAAUGGUAUAACCCAAUCAUUUGUUGUCAUUGUAAGUUCUUCAAAUUUGCACCAGGUGUCACCACUUGACUUUACGAUUAUCUCGUAUAAAAAGGGUGAUGACUCGAAAGCCGAAAACUACAGAGGUAUAACGCUGCUAAGCUGCUUGGGUAAAUUGUUCACAGCUGUAUUAAAUUGCAGAUUGGAAGAGUUUGUUAAACUGUACGAUGUCAUAGGUGAGGAGCAGGCUGGAUUUCGCCCGGGUUAUUCGACUUCAGAUCAUAUUUUUACCCUAAAAUGUCUUAUCGAUCUGUACCUCAGUAAGGGGAAGCGGCUUUAUGUAGCGUUCGUUGACUUUAGGCAAGCAUUCGAUAGGGUCUGGAGAAUCGGCCUCUGGAGAAAACUGAUCAAAAGCGGAGUCAACGGGAAAGUAUUGAAAGUUAUCAUGUCUAUGUAUAAAGGAGCAAAAUCCUGCGUGGAGGCUGGAAACAGUCGUUCGGAAUAUUUUCCAUGUAAUAUCGGUGUUCGUCAGGGCGAAAACAUGUCGCCAAUAUUAUUCGCUUUGUUUUUGAACGAUUUGGAACAGUUUUUUGUUGAAGGUGGUUUUCACGGUCCUUCCAACUUGAACAUGUGCGCCAAGUGUGAAUUCUUAGAUGAUUUAGACAAAUCUUAAGUUAAUACUACUGCUGUAUGCAGACGAUAUGGUCAUCAUUGCCGACUCUCCUGAGGAUCUACAACGUGGUCUCGAUCUCCUAGGUGAAUACUGCAAUACUUGGAAACUGGUUGUUAAUAUUGAUAAAACCAAGGUAAUGAUUUUUAGUAGAGGUCAAAUACGGGCAAACAUCCCAGUCUUUACCUAUAAUGGUUUAGUGAUCGAUAUGGUAGAUUAUUUCACAUACCUUGGUGUUAUUUUUUCCUAUAACGGUAGCUUUCAGAGGAGCAUACGUAAUGCCUAUGACAAGGGACUGAAGGCAAUGUUUAGUGUUUUAGGCGAAUGUCGUAGAUUACACCUUCCGAUUGACUUGUCAUUGGAGCUGUUUGACAAAGUAGUAGUGCCAGUAUUAUUGUAUGGUAGCGAAAUAUGGGGAACCGAAAACACCAUUUUAUUAGAGACGGUUCAUCUGAAAUUCUGUAAAUACAUUUUGCGUCUUCACAAACGGACGCCAUCUAUGAUGGUUUAUGGCGAACUCGGGCGUCACCCACUCCUUGUUGAUAUUAAGGCGAGAGUUAUUUCGUUCUGGAAUCGGUUAGUGAUAUCAAAGGUUUCUAAAUGGUCGUCUAUUAUGUAUAAUAUUACAAGGGAGCAUACUACCAAGGGCUACCUUCUCUCAAGUUGGUGCUCCGGUGUGUUGAAUAUAUUAAAUGAAUGUGGUAUCCAUAGGAUCUGGUUAGACCCAUUAAUUAUGACUGGAAACCAGCUCAAAUUAGUUGUAUCGCAGGUACUAAAAGACCAAUUUAUUCAGAAAUGGAGAGGAAAAAUAAAUCAAGAUGUAAAUUGUAUGGUAUAUAGGAGUUUCAAAGAAGAAUUUAUAUUCGAACCGUAUUUGAAAAAAAUGCCCCUGGACAAAAUGUAUGCUGUGUGUAGAUUCCGAACCGGGCCUCUACAAAUUCAAGGUGUCAGAUCUCGACUUUUCGAAAACAAUGUAACAGAAUCUGUUUGCCAAUUCUGUGGGCAAGUGGAUAUUUUAGAUGAAGUUCACUAUUUUGUAUCAUGUAUAGGGCUAACCGAAUUAAGAAUUCCAUAUUACCCAAUGUUGGGAAAUAUACCUAGGCCGCUUCAACGUAAUUACUAUAAAACCUUUAUAAAUGCCAAAGGCCAAUCAACCCUGUUAAAUUUGUCAUCAUUUUGUAAAGCCAUCCUUAAUCUUUUGUCAUAAUCAUAAUCAUUGCCAUGUUAGAAAAUUUUUGUUACUAUUUUUUUGUUAUCCUCAUAUUGUCCCGCGAGGGAAUUUUUGAGAACAAUAAAUUAUGUUAUGUUAUGUUAUCUCGACUGUAAACCGAUAUGCUGCGACAUACACGCUACAGCAUACUGUGUAUUCAUGUGUACAAGUUCUUCGGUUUUACACCAGGUGUCACUACAUGACUUUACGAUUAUUUCCGCUAGUAGGCCUAAUUUAGCCCCACAGCAGGUAUAUAGAACAAACUCCGGACCUGUAGGUCUGUGGCGCGACACCGUAUGGUGUCGCCCCCUAUCAUCAGAUUCUGUUGGGCAAAUAUAUAUGCUAGUUUGCUACUUGUUUGCUACGACAUACACGCUACAGUCAGUGGUGCGACACCGUAUGGUGUCGCCCCCUAUCAUCAGAUUCUGUUGUGUAAAUAUAUAUGCUACGACAUACACGCUACAGUCAGUGUCGCCCCCUAUUAUCAGAUCCUGUUGUGCAAAUAUAUGCUACGACAUACACGCUACAGCAUACUGUGUAUUCAUGUGUACAAGUUCUUCGGUUUUACACCAGGUGUCACUACAUGACUUUACGAUUAUCUCCACUAGUAAUUUAGAGUAACGGCAGGUAUAUGUUCUUAAUAAUACCUCCAUGGUAUAUGGUAAACUCCGGACCUGUAGGUCUGUGGUGCGACACCGUAUGGUAUCGCCCCCUAUUAUCAGAUUAUGUUGUGCAAAUAUGCUACGACAUACACGCUACACCAUACUGUGUAUUCAUGUGUAUAAGAAUAGCGCCAUUAUUAACCCCUUGAUAUCGAGAGCGAUAUUUUAGAAUAAUUUGGCUCGAAGUGGAAACGUGUGCAAACUGGCGUUCGAAAUCACAGAAAGCGUAAAACUUGUUGUUAACUUGACUGAAAUAAUGGUUUGGGAUCUAUUAAAUUAGGGUCACUAAAUUAGUACGGCACACAGUUUUGAAAGCUUUCUUGAUCUAACAUAAAAUUUCUGAUAGGCCUAAUUAGUACAUGUACAGAAUAUGUGAUGAUGUGUGAUUCUUCAUCGUCUCUAUCCAUGUAUCGCGGUCUUUCUUGUAUAUAGGAUGCUAUAUGAAAUAAAUCCAAUGUUUCUAAACAAUGUUUUUAUCUCCUUUAUUAAA